CGCAAAAAAAUAGCAGGUGCCAAAAUCGGCCAAACAGGAGGAGACUUGCAUUCGUGCAAACAAACAUUUCGUUGCCACUCUCAAUGACUCUGCUCCCCAAUAGYGACGAUAAGAAUUUGCUUUUGAAGGGAAUCAUACACAGUAUARCACUCGUCAMGGAAGAAAGUCAUCAUUGGAUCCAAAGAAUAGAGAAAUCAUCACUAGCAUMAUCAAGAGCAUCCAGGCGAUGAUGUCGUUCACAUUGUCACCKUCAUCAGCGAUGGCCUCGAUCAAAAAUACAAAAUCCCACCAAGGGAACAAGAGAAGCCGCAGCAACAGCGAUUGGACUGGUUAUGUCUUUUUCGUAACGGCUAUGUUCAGUGUACUAAUGRCCCUCUCGCAUCCAAURAACCAAGAUGGCGGUAUCCCAAGCAACAACAACUUAUCGUUCUUUCCGAAAACCGCUGGAGUAUCUGCAGCGGUUGCUACCACCGCCGUUUCUKUGAUACCACCACGAACAAAUGCGGCAUCCCGUCCUUCCAUGAUGGCCAUCAGCUCCGGGAGCAGCCGGACGCUCAUCGAACUGAAGGGCGAAACCAACAACACCAAUACAGACCAUGGCAUGCRCUGCGGCAUCGAAAACAAUUGCGGGUACAAGAUCGAUGCUACCUACCUCGAUGAAGACUACGAUCASGGCUUGCUGAUUCUGCGGCGCGUCAGCAUCGUCGACGAACCGUACGCUGUGGCGGCUUCCAAGACCACCGCAACACCAAUGGGAUUGAUCGGUCCCGUUCGGAGGGCGUUCGGACACGCUACAAAAGUUGCAAAGAACCCCAUUGUUGCCCUAGUCCUCGUCGGCAACCUGGCUACAAUGAUUGGGAUCCUGCCCACCGGCAUUGCGGGCUUUUUGCCCGCGGCAGGGGUCGUCUUUGGGAGGAAAACUCGAUGGAUGACCAGAGCGGCGUCCGCGGUGGCCAAGCGGGGGAGGUUCCUCGCGAGAAGGGGCCCGGUGACGAAACUGGUCACCAACACGGCAAAUAAGCCCGUCUUCUCUAAGUUCAGGCUCAAGCUAACAAAACUUGUUUCCAAGCUCUACAAGAACCGAUCCAAGUAUUCGAUGCURAGCGAUUACUGCUGGUACGUGCAAGGCAAUGAAGAGAAGGCAGRAGGCAACAAGAUCACAGCCACACCAAGCUCGUAACRACCCGGAUCGGCGAAUGCAAUCCAUAUAAUCCAAGGGACACAAAGAAURACUGAAGUCAUUACAGCACGAGCAGUGGUGUCCUGUCACAGUAACCUUGGCAGAGGGAACAGCCAUGCUACAAAGCCGCGGCGAAAAGAGACCGAACAUGAAAUACRUCAUUUCAUACUACUGCAAUACAAACAGACGAUAUCUUCCAAUGAAAGGCAUCAAUAAAGAACCACAAGAACAUCAUACAGACUUUACGCAUCCGAGAAGUACAAGAACAAGAAUACAAUACAACACAAUAGAAUACAUAAUAAAAAUACAUAAAUGAUAAUAUUAGACUACUAUCGGUACGCUGACAAUAACCACAGACUAAAAGCACACCAAACAAAUUUAAAAACUCAAACCUCAUGUCUCAUCAGGUAACUUUUUCAUGCAAUACAUUUUUUUCCGGAGUGCCCAAGGUAUCUUGAUCACAAGAAGUGUCUUACGGUACGGUAUGAAAAUAAUGGUUCUGGGUUCUGUAGUAUCCGUAACGGUAGGUACGUACCGGUAGUUUKAAAAAAGAGAACGACGAAACGUCCAAAUGCCUUAACCCCAAUAUAAAACGGUUUAAUGACAGACUGAAAUUUGGAAUCGCAAUAGAGCAAGUCCAAUCAUACCGCACAAAAAAUGAAAAAAUAUUCUUCCUACCGCAUCGUACGGUCGGUGAGGCCCUACAGUAGCUCCAUCCUCUUCUAGCAASAGAGYAGAGCUCGAGAAAGUCAGUAGAUCUUUCUUGUACMAAUUGGAAUAGAUCAAAGGAAGAAGAUAAUCUACCSCAGACCAAGUAAAGUACACACUCAUUCCCGAAGAGGCAACCCAAACAACCUCCGAUAUCUUACAAAGCGGGAUAUUAGACCGUCCAUAACAAAACGGGCACACAAACUAUACAACGCAAACCCUUCAUACCCUCUCGGUUCAAAGAAACGACGAAAAAGCAACAACCAUGACGAAUGAUUCUACCACGAUAGCGGCCAUGACCCUGGAAGAAUCUCGUGAUGAAACACGUAAAUGCGAUGAGGAAAUACAAUCCAUCAAAGCAGCCCUCCGGGGGCUCGGAAGCGACGAUGAACAAAAUUCCCUGGAAAUCGAAUUCACUAAGGUACGUUUUGCUUAUUUAUGCUUCGUUUGAUGCGUUCACUUCCGAUACAUUUUCCACUGUUUCCCCCUUGUCCACGGCGAUAAGUUCAUACUAUGCGCGACUGCUAGUUUUUGUUUCCAGAAAAACAAUCGGUGGUGUAUGAAUCAAGUAUCGACGGAAGGAAGAGCAUCGCAUGAAUUUUCGUCUGGUUGUAUUUGUAUUUUGAAUUUAGAACUGGAGAAUUUUACGUGUGCUCAAGAUGGUCACUAACUACAAAGCAAACCUUCCCUUUCCUAUUUUUCUUCUUUGCGUUGGUAAACAACGGCAAUCGACAACAACAUGGGUCAUCGAAACAACUGGGGUGGCAACAAAACGUAACUGAUCAUCGCAGGUGGAGGGACUACCGGAGGCCGCUAAACCCACGRUUAAGUUGCAGCUGUCAGCUCCCAUUGAAGAAUACGAGCUAUCCCUAGAGGACGGCAAAACCAAAGCGACUUUUUCUGGUGUCGAGACGUCCCUGGCCAUGCUGACGGUCGACGCCAGAGACKCCGAAAUCCCCCUAGGUGCCGCCGCAAACCCCAUUGAGGUUGCACCGUUUUGCGCCAUGGAUGAUCCGAAGGAACCAAAGAAAGAAUAUGUGACGGAGGUUCCCGUGCCCAUCGUGGCGGCUCCUUCCGAGACGGAAGGCGAGAAGUCGGAGGGAGACGAAGCGGAAGGAACUUCCGUCCCGCCGGUUUGCACCGUGACGCUGAGGGUUGUGUACAAGCCAUCUUCGAAGGACCAGCGGGAAGAACUGUACGAACUUUUGAACAAGACAAGCCAGAGAAAGGCCGAUGCCCUCUCUGUCCUGCGCAAGCGAACCAUAGAGAAGGCUAGGGCCGGCAUACAGGGCUCGCCAGGUGCUAUGACCAAGCCMUCGGUCCGGCCCGGCUUUCUCAACAAGGGCCGCGCCAAAGCCGAGGAACCCGAGGAAACGGGAAUCUUGGCGGCGGCCAAGAAACUGUAUAAGCGUGUCGUGAGCCCGGACUCUAUCGUGAUGAAGACCGCAAUUCUAGCGAUCGUCACCAAGGACUUCUGGAUCUUUUUUGGGGCCGUCGGGCUCAUGCAUACCCGGGGUAAUCUGCUGGCGCUGCCCCCUCCCGCGUAGAACGCGACGAGACUUUGCCAUACAACAAUAUACAGUACGAGCCAAUAUACAGGCAGUCAAAAGAAGGCUUAGAAUCCAUCAGGCACACUGUAUGUACUAUGUUCUUCUAUUUCGCUUUUCGUUGUGUUGCCAUGGAACACUUUUUAUUGGUCGUGAAUAGCARGCGAUAAAGUUGCAAGCAGAGC